AUGGUCAACCACUCUGGCUGGUAUCCCCCUGGGCAGCUAUGCUCUCCGCCUGUACUACCACAUUAUUUCAAGAGUGUGUACGAUCUAAAGCCGUUUAUUGGAGUUCCCAGCGAUACCGAGGUUAUCGGAAUCCAUGCUGUUGUACAUGCAGCAAAAAAGGUGUCGGAGAUUCCCAGCAUGCACGAUCCAGAUUUGCUCAUGAAACUAGCCGACCAUUUGUUCAGCGCCCAGAUGGCUAGGUAUCGGAGCAAAUACUCUCUGGUCACAUUUCCGAGUGAUGCGACGUACACACCUCCGCCCCUCCCUGUCCAUAUCUCGGUCAGCCUUGAGACUAUAGUUGGUGCGCCAUCGAAUGAGGAAAUGAUAAAAGUGCAAGAGGCGCUGCGGUCGUAUCAGCAAUUUAGUCAUGGCAUGCCCACUUCUCAGAAAGCCUCGUCAAUGUUUGACCCUCAUCUGAACAUGGAGUUAUCGCAGCACUUGUUUGAUGUACAAAUGGCCAGAUACAUGCGAUGUGCGGGCGAGAGCGAACCCAGCGCCACAUUUGAAGGGGCUGCAUCAGCGGAAAGUUACCAAUCGGCAGGAAUGAUACCUAAUAUGGGCGAAGCUACGACCACCGGCACCAACAACCCUGGAACAGGAGGGAAUCAUACCUGGGGAACUCCAACGCCCCAACCGACGGCGGUCAAACCAACUUGCCGAGCGAUUCAACCAAUUUUCGAACGCUUCAAUGAGCUAACUGAGCGAAAUAUGCAACCGGACGACCAGUCCAGUAGCCUGAAUAAACUUUUCGACCAAGCAUUGGAACGACUCGAAAGAUUCGCAGAAAGGACUCGCCAAUCUAACGAACAAUCAGAUCAUCUUGCCCAACGAUUCAACCAAUUAAUUGACCAGUCCAAUCAGCUGAUGGAGCGACUGUGCACACCUGUGGAGAAAGCUAGCGAGCUGGCCGGACGCUCUAAUGAACUUGAGGACAAGACGAAUCAACUCCUAGAGCGGUUCAAGGAGCCUCUGGAACAAAUAGGGAGUUCUCUGAAAUGUAUAAAUAAGGUGCUGGUGGGCGUUCAGCACGCAAUUGUCAGGAGUCAUAAAGACAACACAGUAUACGCCGUUGAUUCCUUGGUCAAUGAGAAGGGUCAGAAACCAGUCGAGGAGUUCGGUGCAACUUUCGGGUGGAAGUACGACAACACUCCGUCUGAAACUAGCGUUCUCCUUCCUUUGCGAAUAGUGGUGUUUCUCAAAACUCCCACUUAUAUGACUACUGGUUGGGAUUCUACCUCCGCUUCUUCAACAUUGGCCACGAGCUACGCGUAA